GGCACAGCUGCCAACUCGCCAUGCGGCUAUUGCUGCUGGCUCCCGGGCGAGCCCAGACGGGCAACGGCACCACCGCCCGGAGGAUCCAAGAUCAUUUACAAGCUGCAGGGCAUUUGUGUCUCUUGAGGGAUACCUCUGAUUAUGAGUCCCCGUUGGCAAUUUCGAAUCUCAUCUCUUCGGAGAAAUUGGAGGCAGCUCUGGGCAUCCAUCUCUUUAAAGCUGGGAGGCUUCUUCAAGGAAGUCCCGUUCCUUUUGGGAUUAUCUUUGGAGGCACGGAUGUUAACGAAGACGCCAAAAGUGAGGAGAAGGCCCCGAUUAUGGAGAAAGUGUUGGAUGAACCUCAAAUCAGGAACAAAAUCUGUGUCCAGGCUCAGGGGAUCGUGAGCCUUCCGAACAGGCAGCAUAAUUGGACCGAAUUUCUGCAGAGGGCAGGGAUUGUCCAGGACGAGCAGAAUCUAUACAUCUUCCUGCUGAUCUGUGGACUAAGGAGAGUCAAAGAUCCUCUUUAUCUACUGGAUGUUUUUUCAGAGUGGCAUCAGGAAGACUCCAGGGUACACCUGAUCAUUAUUGGACCUGCUGCUGAUCCAACCUUUGCGAAAGAAGUCGAGGAGAAGGUGAAGAGGGCAGCUGGGGUCCACUUAUUGCCAGCCAUCCGCCAGGAAGAUCUUCACGCCGUUAUGGAAAACUGUUUUGCCGUUGUUAACAGUUCUGUAUCCGAAGGGAUGUCAGCUGCAAUUUUAGAGGCAAUGGACUUAAAUGUUCCCGUGCUGGCAAGGAAUAUUCCAGGAAAUGCUGCCGUAAUUGUGCACCAAACAACUGGAUUAUUAUAUUCGACCCCUCAGGAAUUUGUCCAGCUGGCCAGAACUUUGAUUAAGGACCCACUUUUGCACAAAGAGAUUAUAAGAAAGGCACACGAAUAUGUCCUGAAGCAUCAUUCAUGGGAGAAAGAAAGGAAGGUCUAUCAGAACCUUGUUUUGAAGCUUCAUGAAGGUUCUUGUAUCAAACAACCAUGAGUUACCAACCACCAUGGUCAACCAGGUUUUCGUCAUCUUAAUCAUCUGAGUCGUCUUCAUUAAAGUUAUUACUAUUGUGA